UUUCUGAAUUAAAAAUUUCAUUCUACUUUGAAUGAAUAGAAAUUAAAGUAAAAUUCUUGCUUCCUCGUCAGACAAGUGUAUUGCGGAAAUUAUUUAUACAUAAUUUGCUAAACGCGCGUUCGGUCCACUCCCCUGAGUACAGAAAAAAAAAACGAAUUCCUGAAGCAAAUUUUGAAUCAAAUUUAUUUGUAGAAAAAAAAAGUGAAGUUGAAUUCAAAUAAAAAAAAAAUUAAUGCAUAAAACCCGUAGAGAAAAAGUUCAAUAUUCUUAGCUUUCUUUUUUUCUUGCUUCUCUUGUCUCUCUUGUUCUUUUUUGGUUAAAAUUAUUUGGCUAGUAUAUUUCCCUUUUGCUCAGCAAAUUCGAGUUUCACAGUUUCUUUCUACCUAAAUUCUCUUCAUUCGUUGUCUUAUUUUUUUGAUUCUUCUUUUUUUUAAUAAUUUUUUGUGACAUAAUUUGUUUCAGUUUUUUUUGCCAAUCUUCCCACUUCCCACAUUUUUCGCGACAGUGUGCUUUUAAAAUAUACCUCCACCUCGUUCAUUACGGCGAAUUCAUCGAAAUCGACUGAUUGACUGGAAAGCAGCGAAUUAUAAUAAAAUAAACGAACACACAAAAACCGGAUAUAAUCGUUUGAAAUAUAUACUUUGACUUUAUUUUUUUAAUAAAAUUAAUAUUUUGCAAAAAACACAUAAAUAAACAGUCAAAAAAAUGAUUAAUAUGGACAUUAGUGUUACACCAAAUUAUUCCUACAUUUUCGAUUUCGAAAAUGAUUUCAUUCAUCAGCGCACACGGAAAUGGAUGCUGGAAAAUUGGACAUGGGUGUUUUACUAUUGUGGCAUUUACAUGAUGGUAAUAUUCGGCGGGCAACACUUUAUGCAAAAUAGGCCAAGAUUCCAGCUACGUGGUCUUCUGAUCAUAUGGAACACCCUACUGGCUAUGUUCAGUAUUAUGGGAGCAUUUAGGACUGCCCCGGAACUAGUACACGUUCUGCGUCAUUAUGGUCUAUUCCAUUCAUGUUGCGUUCCUAGUUUCAUCACCAAUGAUCGUGUCAGCGGGUUCUGGACAUGGUUAUUUGUGCUAUCCAAACUGCCCGAACUAGGAGACACUCUGUUCAUUGUACUUCGCAAACAACCUCUUAUCUUCCUCCACUGGUACCAUCACAUUACCGUCCUCAUCUACUCUUGGUUCUCAUACACAGAAUACACCGCCUCCGCACGUUGGUUCAUUGUGAUGAAUUAUUGCGUCCAUGCCGUAAUGUACUCAUACUACGCCCUAAAAGCAGCCCGCUUCAAUCCACCCCGUUUCAUUCCAAUGAUCAUCACAUCGCUGCAACUCACACAAAUGGUGGUCGGAUGUGCGAUCAAUAUGUGGGCUCACAGUUUCCUACAAACUCACGGCCGACAGUCCUGCAACAUCUCACCAACAAACAUCAAACUUUCCAUUGCAAUGUACUUCAGUUAUUUUGUAUUAUUUGCAAGGUUCUUCUAUAAGACUUACUUCUCGCCCGAGGGCAAGAAGAGCCGCUUCGUCAAAGUUCACCACACUAGCUCCACCUCAACUACAUCAUCGUCAUCUGCACAAAAUGGUAAAAUGAAGGCACAGUAAAAACCCGGUAGGUCUUAUUUCGAGGCCUCAAAAAACCAAUACAACACACAUACACAAAAUACCAGUUACGUACACAACUAUAUACACCAAUUUAAAAAUGCAGAAUGCAGAAAUAGACUUUAAAAGCUAUACAAAAGAAAUAAUUUUUUAUAUAAAGUUAUUGUAAAAAAAAAAGAUGAUAAAACGUGCGGCCACGCCCAGUUGCCCCACGUUUCCAUGUGCUGAAUUAUCAAAAUGAAAACAAAAAAUUCCUACAAUUAUUUUAUAUGGGUUUUUAUUUGUUAAUGUUAUUAAUUUUUUUUUUAUGUUACAAUAAUUAUAUAUUAUUUAAUAAUCUAAUCAAACAUUCUGAUAUUUUCUAUUCUAAAUAGAAUUUAGUUUGUAAAAAAAAGAAAACAAAAAAUAAAUUUUGUCGGUGGGAAUAAAAUCUACUCGAAACAAACAAAAAAAAAGUAACUUAAAAACCUAAUUAUUUAUUUUCUAAUUUUAUUGUAAAAUAAAAUAAAAAUCAUAUUUUACGAGUAGGUAUGUAUACUAUUUAAAAACAAAAAAAAAGAACAAAAAAAUAAGUACUAAAGAUCUAUGACCAGAAGAAAAAGAAAUCCUUUAAUUGCUUCACAUACAACAACCAGCAACACCGAACAAUAUUAUAAAAACAAAAAAAAAAAAAAAACAACAUAAAACAAGUAACAAAAGUAAAAAUUAAAAAACCAAUUAAAUAAAAAUAUUUAUUAAUAGAAAAAAAUAUAAACUGUUGAAUUUAAAUAAAGACACGCAUUUUAUUAAUAAAAUAAAACAAAAAUAGUCAAGUCAAUAAUAUGUUCUAUUGCAAUAUUAAAAAUGUUCAAGUUCCAAUUGAUUUUUUGAACUGCAUCGAUACAAUUGUGUUGUUCUUUUAGUGCAGUUUCUUUAAAAAAAAAAAACUCUUUAAUACAAAAAAUAAAACCUUUUCUGAGCUGAAUUUGAAAAUGAAAAUAAGAAAAAAAAAACUUUUAACGAAAUGAAAAGGAACUCCCAAUAUUCGAAAUUCAGAAAUUAUCGAGCUCAAUAAUUCCUGAUAUGAAGGCAUUGAUGAUUUGUUAUUAAAAUGUAUGUUAAAAAAAUAAAUAUUUGCUUCUUUUAUAUUGCAUGUCUCUAAAAAAGAUUUCAAAUGUUCAAUUUAAUUCAAUUCAAUUUCUCUUCAACAUUUUUAUUUAAAAUGUUAAAGUCAUGAUUUAAACUUUAAUUACAUAUAUAAUUAUUACAACCAACCACAAGUCAUUCUAUAUAAUAUAGUACUAUUACUUAUAUAUAUAACAUUAUGUUUUGACAUUUUUUAAAUGCAUUUAACCACGUUGUAAUGGGGAUUUUUUUUUUAUUAUUUGUUAAGAAAAUAAUUACGUUAAGUAAAAUAACUUUAAAUUCUGAAAAUAAAUUGAAAGAAAUAAAAUUUAAACAAAAUGGAAGUAAAACGAUCAAGAUAAAAAAAAUAAAGUAAAUUUUUGCAUGAUAACAAAACAAAUGAAAAAAAAAAAAAAAAAAAAAACAAAUGAAAAUAAAAAUUAAAUUAUUUGAUUAUUUU